AUGGCAUCACUAUUCACAUCCCGCGCACUCCUGCGCAGUGCCCCUCGCACAUUCUCUGCCGCAACUCCCGCCAUCCGCGCCCUCUCUACCACACCAGUUCGUCCCGAUGCCUCCGCUUCCACCACGGAUAGAUUCAGCAACAUUCCAGAUUUCAGCAAAUACAGAAGUAAGAAGAGUGGUGGAAGUAAUUUGGUUUAUCAAUACUUUAUGGUGGGAGCUAUGGGUGCUUUGACAGCCGCGGGGGCAAAGGCUACUGUUCAAGAUUUCCUUGUCAACAUGUCCGCAUCCGCAGAUGUUUUGGCCAUGGCCAAGGUUGAGGUUGAUUUGAAUGCUAUUCCUGAGGGCAAGAACGUCAUUAUUAAGUGGCGUGGAAAGCCCGUCUUCAUCAGACACAGAACUGCCGAUGAGAUCAAGGAGGCCGAGAACGUCAAAGUCGAGACUUUGAGAGAUCCACAAUCCGACGCCGACCGUGUCAAGAAGCCAGAAUGGUUGGUUAUGGUUGGUGUCUGCACACAUCUUGGAUGUGUCCCAAUUGGUGAAGCUGGUGAUUUCGGAGGAUGGUUCUGCCCAUGUCACGGUUCCCAUUACGAUAUUUCCGGCCGUAUAAGAAAGGGACCUGCUCCAUUGAACUUGGAGGUCCCAGAAUAUGAUUUCGCUGAAGAAUCUUCUUUGGUCAUUGGUUAAAUUAGAGGAUUGGGUGGAGAG